CGGGGACGUCCCCAUUGCGCAGCUGCGGCAGCAGCAGCGGCAAAAAAUAUCAUAAUAAUCUUGGCGGAUGGCCGGCGUUAAGAAAUUGCGCGUUUAGGCCGCAGAGAAGCAGGCGGACUGAGGCAUCAGAAUGGCAGAACUGUUCAUGGAAUGUGAAGAAGAAGAACUGGAGCCCUGGCAAAAAGGGAAGAAAGAUGAUGAAGAUGAUGAUGAUGAUGAGCCCAUUUUUGUGGGAGAGAUAACAAGCUCCAAAAGCUCCAUUUACCCAAGUAAUAAAACAGAAGGCACUACAUUUAAUUUGACCCAGCAAGGAGGAAUGCAGAAUGGACUUAGCAGAGGCAUGAUGGUGUCUUUUAGCAGUGUGGGUGUGUCAUCCACAAACCAAUCAAUCAACCAUCAGACUGCUGCAUUAAAUUCGAGCGCAAUGGGUGUGUAUCAGCCAGGAUCACAAACUAUGCCUGCUUCAGUACCAACACAGCCUAUUGUCACAACACAGGGUUUUGCUGCUAAUGAUGUGGAUCCACCAACAACUGUGUCUCAGAGUUCCAGUGGAGUAGGAUACAAUGCAAGACAGAACCCAAGUCUAAGUCGCUAUCAAAACAGACCAACUGUUCCUGUGCUUUCCGCAAAUGCAGCCCAGAGCACGAAUGUCAGUAACAAGCGUCCAGCAAUCUGUGAGACAAACAAUAUUACUUCAAAGAAAUCAAAAUGCAUUGAAGCUGGAUCUGGGAGCAGCCCGUCAAUCUUGUCACCAUCUUCAACCACUUGUUCUGUAGUGGUGUCCUCAUUUAACAGUACAUCAAAAGGACCACAAAGUAAUAUUAAAAAUGGUGUACCAGUCCCAAGGGCUUGUCCAAAGUGCAACAUUCACUUCAAUAUCCUGGAUUCUUUACGGCAGCAUAUGGUUUUCUGUUGUCCAGAUCUGGUGUCCAGCUACUGCUCUGUGCAAUCAUCCGAACAAUCGGCAAACAAAGUAUUGGAGAUUGAUAAAGGGAAACUUAUUAUGUUGGUCAAUGACUUUUACUAUGGAAAAGAUGAUGGCAAUGCCCACCUAAAUCAACAAGAUCAGAAGACCAAUACAACUUUCAAAUGCUACAGCUGUCUAAAGAUCCUUAAGAAUAAUAUAAGGUUUAUGAAUCACAUGAAGCAUCAUAUGGAGUUAGAGAAGCAGAGCAGUGAGAGCUGGGAAAACCACACUACUUGUCAACAUUGUCAUCGUCAGUUCCCCACACCCUUUCAGCUGCAGUGCCACAUUGAAACUGCUCACAGUCCAUAUGAGUCAACAACAAUUUGCAAAAUUUGCGAGUUGUCCUAUGAAUCUGAGCAAGUACUUCUGCAACAUAUGAAAGACAAUCAUAAACCAGGGGAAAUGCCAUAUGUUUGUCAGGUAUGCAACUAUCGGUCAUCAAUGUAUUCAGAUGUUGAUAACCAUUUCCGCGUUGUUCAUGAAAAUACCAAGCAGUUGCUGUGCCCUUUUUGCCUUAAGGUCAUUAAAAGUGGAAAUGCUUAUGUUCAGCAUUACAUGAGACAUCAGAAAAAAGGAGUCUACCGUUGCAGCAAGUGUAAGCUUCAGUUCUUGACCUGUAAAGAAAAACUGGAUCAUAAAACUCAACAUCAUAGGACAUUUCGGAAACCUAUGCAGCUAGAAGGUCUACCUCCUGGAACAAAGGUUACUAUUCGUGCUUCCAUGACACCUUAUCAGGUGGGAUCAUCUUCCAUGCCUUCGACUAACACUGCAACUGCACUUCAGUGCUCAUCAUCCGUAACUAAAUCACAGUUACCGACUAUAAAUCAAGUUAAUACUGGAACAAGUUCAUUAUCAUCACCAUACUUCAAGCAAGAGGAAAAGAAGCCAAGUCUACCCAAUAAAAGAAUAACCAAAUCUGCUAACUUGGUACUGCGAUCAUUCAGGGCUGAAUCUGGGGUUCACAAGUGUAUUGAGUGUGACUCAGAAAUUAAAGUAUUCGCCAAUCACUUUUCUACUUAUGCUCAUUGCUCUUACUGUCGAUUCAGAAGUAGCUGCAACAGAUCUUACGUGGCUCACUUGAAGAGAUUUCAUACUGUCCCAAGUAAGAAGAAAUUUUUGAUGUUCAGAGAAUUUUCAAACAAAUUGAGAGAUGUCAAACUGGUGUGUACUCACUGUCCAUUUGAAGCUGAUACUACUGGCUCAGAUGCCAUGGCAAAGCAUCUUGUUCGAAAUCAAUACCAUGGCUGUCUUAUUGUUUCAUCGUCCACUGCUUCUUGUGUUGACAGCACGUUCAACAGGGCAAAUGAGGACAUUGCAGUAGCUGAGGAAAUGAAGAAAUCUGAGGAGAAACCAUCUCCCAUCUUGGCUGGAGCAGAAAGUUUGGAAAUUGAUUUAUCUUCUGAUGGGAGUCAACAGAACACUGAUCAGCCUUUAAAAUCUGAGGUUGAGCGUCCAUCUGUGGAAGCUGUGCCUUUAUCAAAUUGUGACAAAUUAAGUGAUCAUGAAGACAAAAUAAGGCUGAUUGAAAAUCUAGAAAGCAGUGAAAGCACUGAGAAACCGACAGAUGGUCUAUCAUCUGAAUUGAGUACAGAGAAGCAAAGCAACACUGAGGAGAUGGUACAAGAUGAUUCCUCUGAUAGCGAAACAGUAGCUUCGAGCACUGCUCAGAGUUUUAAUUCAGUUGAUCAUAAUGUAGAAAUAAUACAAGAUGAAUUUAAGGACAACACUGCUUGUGAUGAAACAAAAGAUUGUGAAACCCUUGAGGAUACCGUGCAGAAGUGUAAACGUACAGGGGAUGAGAAAAACUGCACGCGAGACAAGGGUGAUGAUGCAAGUGUAGAACAGGAUAAGGAUCCCAAAGAAGAUGUUUCUUUUGAACAGUUUUUUAGGAGUAAGGAUGAACCAGAAGCUGUUGGUUCUGAUGCGAGUGAGCAGGGCAGCAUCCAGCUGGAGCCACUUACUCCAUCUGAGGUUUUAGAGCAUGAAGCUACUGAGAUUCUACAGAAGGGGAGUGUGGUGACCUCCACUAAGAAAAAAGGAGCAACUGCUUCUGAGUAUGUAGAGGAAACUACUAAAGAGACCAGUCCUAGCACAAUACUCAUGAGCUCAGAACAUCUAGAAGAAAAUAAGAGCUGAAGUCUUGGGUGGGGCAUUUUACAAUCUUACCGAACUUUGUUGAUACAGACAUAUACACACCAAGCACACACAUACUUGUACUGUUAUAGGCUUUGAUAUUCUUAUCCUGUUCAGACUAGAGUUCACAUUCCUGUCUUUGUCAUAAACAUAGCAUGUGAAUAGAAAGGACUGAAAAUUCUGUAUAAAAUUAAGCACCUUUGUAUAGGUGUAAACUUGCCAGGCUCUUAGCUUACCUAAGUAAACUUUCAGUGAAAGUGGAAUCAUUACAGAUUACAUGAGAUUAUGCCAGUGUGCAGCUGUGCAGAAAAAUCUGACCUCAGUCAUGUACAAAAAGACAUAAUCCUGCUGUUGGUGUAACCCAGUGCAUAUUCUUUUAAUAGUCUUUAGAAGUAGAUCACUUAGGAUGGGUUACAUGGUAAACCAAAGUGCAGUUCAUUUUUUUCAUUUUACUGUAGAAAAUAGGAUACGUUGUAUUAAGUAAUGCUUUCUUUGUAUUGGCAUGUAUGUUUUGUUCAGCAGUUGAUUCUGCUUACCAAGGUAGACAUUAAAAGGCAAGAACUGCAGAAUAUGUAACAGUGAAUUUUUAUUAAAAAAAAACAUACUGCAGUACUCUUGUGCCAAGCUAACUGUGUGUAUCAGGAAGAAUAAAGCUGCUUAAAAUUAUACUGAAUAUUUUUUGCUACAUAUUUGGUAAAUAGCUCCAGACAUGUACUUUGCUCGUGACUGACAGUGGCUUGCUUAGUUGUACAAACAGUUUGUGCAGGAGACAAAAACCCUAUUUAAAUAUCAAAAUUUUAGACUUGACUCUUCAAAUGUGUCUUAAUUUUAUUUUGUUAUCAAGGUUGGUUUAUUUUAGUUAUGAGUACCAGAAGGUGCAUUAUAAUUACCAAAAUUUGGAAGUGCUGUGGGUAUGAGAGAGCACCCUGAUGCUGAUAGCUGUUUAUAUCUGUUGAGUGUAUUUUGCUAAAGACUAGAUGGGUAAAGCAGUAUAAAAUAGCAUGUAUCAAAAUAUGAUAAAUAUAAUUUACUGAUUGUCUCUUUACAAAUCAGUUAUUUUUUUCAAUUACUGCUUUAAAUAUUCUUCUCCAAAACUUUGCCAUUCAAACAUGUUUGUUCCAUCUGUUAACAGACAUAAUUUUUAAUAUCUCAUUACAUAGAAUUGUUUCUUAGACUUGCAGAUUUCAAGCCACAAAGCAAUAUAUAAAUAAUUUAGUCAAAUAAGAUUUCUUAUCGUAAUUGCAUAAUAAACAUCUUGAGCAGUUGCACUUUCCACUUCUGAGAAAUAAUUAACAAAAUGUGAACGUUUCUUAUUUAAGUCCUUGAUUAAACUGGGGUCUUACAUAUUUUCUAAUAUUAAUAUGCAUUUGAGAACCCACUUAAAGUGACUGUUGAGUGGCUGUCAGUGUGUUCUGGCUGCCUUAUGACAUGAAAAUGAAUCUUUCAGUUUUUUAAAUUAAAAUAAUAAUUCAUAAAUGUGACAAUUUUCUGCAGACUUUCUAACUUAUCUCCCAUGCUGUUUGUCUCAAUGAAUGGUACAGGCAGGAAUCCUUGAGACCUUUAAGAAGUAUUGAGAUGAUCGUUGAAACACCACAGCAUAUAGGGCUAUGAGCCCUAAAAACAUAAAAUAUCAUCAGGACAGCACUUACAUCUUACUGACUUCCCCUCGAUUGCCAUCAACGCCUUUUUGCAGUUGCAUAGCUGGACAUGUCCUUGUUGGUGUUUUUUGUUCGUUGCUGUCAACUUUUCUUUCCCAGAAAAUUUAUUGGUAGCUUUUAGUGUGUACCUGAAAAAUUUCAUUGAAGCAGCUUUGGACUUUGAGACCUUAACUGCUGAAAUAUGUAAUUUGAGUUGCACAAAUUCCUAAAAAUUCUUUUGGCUAUUGAAUAAUACAAUUGCAAGUUUAAAUCUCUUGCAGUUUGUUUUUGUAGAACAUCUUUAUACAAACAUUGUAUGGCAAACUGUAAUGCCCAGUUCUGAUAAAUCGUUGUGUUUUUAGUUUUGAAGUCUCUGUUUAAAAAUAUCAGCCCAAUUCAGGAUGGGAGAUCUCUCACUAAUGUGUAAAACCUGGCUUAGCUGAUGCUAAAUAUUUAUGGUUUAGACUUAUCUGCAGGCAUUUCAAACUGGUGAAUGCAAUAAGGGCAAUGUUUCCAUGUCAUUUGUACCAGACUCCUCCAAAACAGCUAAGUUUAUUUUGUAUUUUUAAAAAAAAUACACAACCUAAUGACUGUAGCAUCAGAGGUACUCAACUGUGUUUUUAAUCCAUGUGGACACUAUUCAAGAAUUGUUUGACAGUAGCUGCCUUCCAGGUUUGGGGUUUAGCAUAUGUAGUCUACCUUGUUGGGGAAAUGAGAACUGAAAUGCAGCCCAAUCUAAUAUAAUUUCCUUUACACAGUUAAUUUAUAGUAAUGUUGUAAAUACUUUUGUUAUGUGUUUUAAAAUUAUUAAAUUAGAAAUUGUUAGUACUUUACUUUAAGAAUAAUCUCCAUAUUUGUAUGUUGGAGUUACAUUGAUCUUUUAUUACUGUUAUACGUCCAAAGUGUAAAUUUGCUUGUUCCACUCCAGGAUACUUGCAUCUGAGUCCAUGAUAUAUUCAUGAAUGUAGGGUAUAAAAAACAACUGUAAACAAAGCAAUGUGCAACUGAAUAAACAUUAUAGAUGCUAUGCUUGCAAAUCUUGGCCAAUGGACAAAGGAGGCAAAUUUACAUUAUUGGACUAAACUACACUUGUCAGAACAGUUUGGACCUCUGAACUACAUUAAAAUUAGUAACAGUGGUGCAAAGGCUUUUCUUAAAACUUUGUGUGACUUUUUAAUGCUGGUUAACUUGGAAAAAGAAAUAUGUUUCAUUGCUGCCAUUGCCACUUUUAGUUCUGGAACUGAAUUGACUCCUAUUCCGAGUAAGGUUACUGGACGCAGGGAGGGGUGGAAAUAAUGGUUUAUAUACUUUUCUUCUUGUAGAAGUUAAAUGUAAUUUUAAUGCCAGUGCCUGCAAGCUCAAAUAAAGAAAUUGCAUCUAAUGACU